AAAAAUAAUAUUGUAUUUUCACAUGGAUUAUAUACACAAACGCAAGUUUAAUUUGUUGUGUCGAAAAAGUUCACAGGAAUAAGUUAUUUUGUUGAUUCAUGAUUUUAUUUAAAUAAGAAGAAAAGAAAUUAUGUCGUUUUUAAUAAAAACAGCGUUUCAAGAAGUUGCAAAUUUUAUAAAACCAGCAACUAAUCUACAAGUAACGGUUCGACAUAAAGCGCGAAAAGUAAUGGCAAACGCAAAUCCUGGAGGAAAUGCUGUUGCAAAACAUAGAGGAAUUAAAAGACAGGAUGGAUCUUAUGCUUAUUCUGGAACUAUAUUGGCAACGCAAAGAAAAACAAGAUUUCAUCCUGGUCUAAACGUUGGAAUAGCCCAUAAUGGAACAUUAUUUGCUAUGGAACCUGGAAGAGUUGUAAUAACAUGUGAAGAAAUUGAUCCUGAUUUUAAAAAUUCUUUUGUAAGAAAAAAUUAUACAGGUCGUGAGGGUCAUUUAAUUUAUAAAAAACAUUUUAAUAUCAUUCCCCAUAAACAACACGAUCGUUUUGUAAUUAAAGAUACAAUUUAAUUAUUUAUCAUUAUUAUUUGUAAAAAGUAAAAAUAGAUUAUAAAUUUUAAUAAAGUUUAAAAACAAAAAAAUCUUA